GAUAUGUUUGGGCAAAAUGCGUCAGACAUGGCCCCCCAGAUUCGUGUUUGUUUUGUGUUUUGUGCUAACUGUGGAUCUCUCUUGGAGCGUCGAGCUUACGACAAACAUGACGGAAAUUUUAAGGGAACAUAAGAUCAUUCCUGACUGUGUCCCAAUAGAACCACCCCAGUUCCUCGAGGUAAACUAUGUCCACACAGUGGUUGAAUUUGGAAUACAACUGGACACGUUAACCGUCAUGUAUCAACCGACCGAUCUUAAAUGGAAAGCUGAAAAAGACUCUUACUACACUAUCGUACUAACUGGCCUGGACGUUCCAACUAGAGAAAAUAAUUCAGUCAGCCAAUACAAGCACUGGAUCGUUGGUAAUGUGCCUGGAAAUGCUUUUUUCGCCGGAGAAACAAUUGUGGAGUACGUGGGGACUGGACUUCCGUAUGGCAAAGGUAUGCAUCGUCUAGUUUUCCUCGUGUAUGAACAGCCUGACAAGAAAAGAAUAAUUUUUGAUGAAGAAAUCGUGCGCAAAGAAUCAAAUAAAGAACUUCGGAUGUACUUCUGUGCUCAGAAGUUUUUCAGCAAAUACAACAUGCAAACAGCUAUUGCAAUCAAUUUUAUGCGCGUUGAGGAAUUGCUGUGAACAAUAUGAUUACAAAUUGCUUCGCGCAGAAAACGGAGAAUAAGUAUAUCGACGGAGGAACUCCUAGACUACGUAUUUCGGUCUCGUCGCAACGUCGCAGACUUCCUGUCAUAUUUUAUUUUUCAGAUGAAAAACUCCUCGACGUAAAUUCUUGAAAA